AUGGAGAAGAGACAACAACCACCACCACCACCACCACCAUCCCCGCCAGUAAAUUGCCGGAAAAUAGACAUCGAGAGUGGCGGCAGCAGCACGAGACACCCGGUUUAUCGCGGUGUCCGAAGGCGGCGAUGGGGAAAAUGGGUGUCCGAAAUUCGUGAACCAAGAAAAAAAUCACGCAUUUGGUUAGGUUCUUUUUCUUCACCUGAAAUGGCCGCUAGAGCAUACGACGUCGCUGCAUAUUGUCUCAAGGGAUGUAAAACACAGCUGAAUUUCCCCGACGAGAUAGAGCGAUUACCGCGGCCGAUUACUUCAACUGCUAGAGAUAUUCAAGCAGCAGCAGCAAUGGCAGCAAAUAAUGCAAUAAUUGUAAAGAAAAAGAAUCAAGAAAAUUGUGGUAGUGAUGAUUUUUGGGAAGAAAUUGAGCUUCCAGAGUUGAAGGAUGGAAAUGAUUAUAAUCUUUAUUCUGAGGUAUGGCAAUGGAGAUUUUGUAAUUAUGGGAUGUUUUCUAGUGAUAAUAAUACCUUCAUUAAUGACGAUGGAGUUGUGUAACUAACGUACUCCAUCGUCUGUCCACUUUUACUUGUCGCGUUUCGUAUUUCG